ACCCACACCUAAGGUGCGCCCUUGGUCUCCUUUCCGAACCCUCGCUACUCACCUUCUCGGUAGAACUCAGCAUGACCACCUACGGAAAUCCACAGACCGGACUCCUCGUUGUGUGGACUGAUCCUGCGAAGGAAGAAGUGACAGCCAUGGCAAACGAAGAACGUUUUGGCGGGAACGCCGUAGCGUGGCACGAGCAGAAGGUGCGCAAAUACGCGGAAGAAAAAGAUAUUAAGGCCACCAAAGGUCGAAUUAGGAAGCCAGCUCAUAUCGGCGGCGUCGAUCCUACGGAGCGCGAGCAUAUCACCGUGACGUUCAAACUGGGCAGCAAGGACCUCGGUGCACGCCAUGUCUACACUGAUGCCAAGUAAACCAGAGGGGAUUUGACACUGGAUGCUAAGUCCGGUAGAUUCUCGCCCACGGUCGUGCAUACGCUAGUCAUUCCCCUCAUACAUGCGCUUCAUUCUGGCUACCGUCGUUCUGCGUUUGAAUUUUUACUCGUGUCCGUCUCCAUCCCCAGUCUCGAUCGCUGUGCUCGUGUCAUUUACCAAAGACCACCUGCGAUGUGCCUGUAUACUACCGAUUAGCUCUGCUUGCUUGAUGCUUAGUGACUGCGGUCACCGCACAUUACG